UAUGGACUUCUUAGACAACCAAAAUGGGGACACUUGCGAGAUCUACACAAGGCUAUCAAGCUUUGUGAAGAUGCAUUGAUUGCCACAGAUCCAACAAUUUCUUCUUUGGGUUCAAAUUUGGAGGCUGCUGUAUAUAAGACAGCAUCUGGAUCAUGUGCUGCUUUUCUUGCAAAUGUUGGCACGAAAUCUGAUGCAACUGUGAGUUUCAAUGGAGAAUCAUAUCACUUGCCUGCAUGGUCCGUAAGCAUCUUGCCGGAUUGCAAAAAUGUAGCCUUCAACACCGCAAAGAUAAACUCUGCAACUGAGCCUACCGCAUUUGCUCGUCAAUCAUUGAAGCCUGAUGGUGGUUCAUCUGCGGAGUUAGGUUCAGAAUGGAGUUACAUUAAAGAACCUAUUGGAAUUUCCAAGGCUGAUGCAUUCUUGAAACCUGGAUUGCUAGAGCAGAUAAACACAACAGCUGAUAAAAGUGAUUACUUGUGGUACUCGCUAAGGAUGGAUAUUAAAGGCGAUGAGACUUUCCUUGACGAAGGAUCUAAAGCCGUCCUUCACAUUGAAUCUCUUGGUCAAGUGGUCUAUGCUUUUAUAAAUGGAAAACUUGCAGGAAGCGGACAUGGCAAACAGAAGAUUUCUUUGGAUAUCCCGAUUAAUCUUGUAGCCGGGAAGAACACAGUUGAUCUCCUUAGUGUGACCGUAGGGCUUGCGAAUUAUGGAGCUUUCUUUGACUUAGUGGGAGCAGGAAUAACCGGUCCUGUGACACUUAAGAGCGCUAAAGGUGGUAGCUCAAUUGAUUUGGCUUCACAGCAAUGGACUUAUCAGGUUGGACUCAAAGGGGAAGACACAGGUCUGGGAGCUGUAGAUUCUUCUGAAUGGGUUUCAAAGUCUCCUCUGCCCACUAAACAGCCACUGAUUUGGUACAAGACAACAUUUGAUGCUCCUUCUGGGAGCGAGCCCGUUGCGAUAGACUUCACGGGUACAGUAAAGGGCAUUGCAUGGGUGAAUGGACAGAGCAUAGGUAGGUACUGGCCAACCAGUAUCGCUGGAAACGGCGGUUGCACAGAUUCAUGCGACUAUAGAGGAUCUUACCGCGCAAACAAAUGCCUCAAGAACUGCGGAAAACCUUCACAAACAUUGUAUCACGUCCCUCGCUCGUGGCUAAAACCGAGUGGGAACACACUUGUUCUGUUUGAGGAGAUGGGAGGAGAUCCAACACAAAUAUCAUUCGGGACAAAACAAACAGGAAGCAAUCUUUGUCUAACGGUGUCACAGUCUCAUCCACCACCGGUGGACACAUGGACUUCUGACUCAAAGAUCUCAAACAGAAACAGAACCAGGCCGGUUCUUUCCUUACAAUGCCCUGUCUCCACUCAGGUCAUAUCUUCUAUAAAAUUUGCAAGCUUCGGUACACCCAAAGGUACUUGCGGUAGCUUCACCAGCGGCAGUUGCAACAGCUCUCGAUCUCUCUCCCUCGUUCAAAAGGCAUGUAUUGGAUCGAGGAGUUGCAACAUUGAAGUCUCGACUAGAGUGUUCGGGGAACCUUGUCGUGGCGUCGUCAAGAGUUUAGCUGUUGAAGCUUCUUGUUCAUGAGCCCCCGGUUCCUCUGCUGAUUUGAUAUGAUUUUAAGCAUGUAAUUGUUGGAAAUAAAGCAAAAUGAAAUCGAUAAUCGUAUAGUCUUAUGGUCUAUCCAAAUAAAUAAUUUGGCUGGAAUUAAAGUUACUAAACUAUAUAUAUGUUUGGUUGAUGUCUAAAAGAAAAAUUGUCUUAUAAUUGGCUGAAUAUUAA